UGUUGGGGGUGGUCCCCUGGCUGCCCCGGCUCAGUUACGUCUUCUCAACUCCACCCCGUCUUGGGACGUGAGCCAUUUUGAAGUUUAAAGCGAAUUUCCUCGAGGCUCUCAUGUGUGAUGAUGAGUCUUGUGCAUCUUUAACCGAAGGACCUCACCAGUUGAAAGUUACUGUUUUUGCCAUCAACUUUCCAUUUUAGGCUGGCUCUCUUCCUCAAAUAGUGGCUCUCUUUUCAAGUUGCAUUGCUACAAAAUUUAGCAAAUGGCUGAUAGCAGUGAUUCGGAUAAAAAAUCCACGAAUUGCCCCAAAUGCUCGUCAAAUACUCAGAAAAAUUUGCUUGGUGUAUGUUCAUGUAAAAAAAGGGUUUCGCAAGCUUUGCUGGCACAAGCAUCACCAACAGAAAGCACUAGUAAUUUAGAAGCACCGACGUCAUCAGAGAGAAGAAAAGGAAAACCGACUGGCAAAGACGCCCCCUCUGGGAAAGAUUCGGUGUCAAAACCCUCAAGUACUGAGAGAAAAACAUCUCAACAAUGGGGCCGGGGUAAUUUCACAGAAGGCAAAGUUCCUCACAUAAGGAUGGAUGAUGGAGCAGCUAUUCAGGAGUUCUAUACCUUUGGAAGAAUAUUGGGACAAGGGAGCUUUGGAAUGGUCACUGAAGCGACAGACAAGGAAACGGGAACUAAGUGGGCAAUUAAAAAAGUGAAUAAAGAGAAGGCUGGAAGUUCUGCUGUGAAGUUACUUGAACGAGAGGUGAACAUCCUAAAAAGUGUGAAGCACGAACACAUCAUACAUCUGGAACAAGUGUUCGAGACCCCGAAGAGAAUGUACCUUGUGAUGGAACUUUGUGAAGAUGGAGAACUCAAAGAAAUUCUGGAUAGGAAAGGGCAUUUCUCUGAGAAUGAGACAAGGUGGAUCAUUCAAAGCCUUGCAUCAGCUAUAGCGUAUCUUCACAAUAAGGAUAUAGUACAUAGAGAUCUGAAACUGGAAAACAUAAUGGUCAAAAGCAGCUUUAUUGAUGAUAACAAUGAAAUGAACUUAAACAUAAAGGUGAGUGAUUUUGGCUUAGCAGUGAAGAAGCAUGGCAGGGGGGAAGCCAUGCUGCAGACCACAUGUGGGACUCCUAUCUAUAUGGCCCCUGAAGUUAUCAAUGCCCACGACUAUAGCCAGCAGUGUGACAUUUGGAGCAUAGGUGUCAUAAUGUACAUGUUAUUAUGUGGAGAACCUCCCUUUUUGGCAAACUCAGAAGAUAAACUUUUUGAACUAAUAAGAAAGGGAGAGCUACAUUUUGAAGAUCCAGUCUGGGAUUCCGUAACUGAAUAUGCUACAAGUGCUUUGAAACAACUGAUGAAAGUGGACCCUGCUCACAGAAUCACAGCCAAGGAAUUGCUAGACACCCAGUGGAUAACAGGCAAUAAACUUUCUUCAGCAAGACCCAUCAAUGUACUAGAAAUGAUGAAGGAGUGGAAGAAUAACCCAGAGAGUGACGAGGAAAGCCCCGUGAAUCACAAGCAGAGCAAUUAUUCUAUUCAAGAAGGGUUGCAGGUCUUCCCACCUCCGUUGAAUUCCAGGGACACUUCAUUUGAAGAAGAAAAGGAAAAACAGCUCAUUGAUCAAGGAAAGGAUCAUCCUGUGACAAGUAUGAGAGCAAAUACGGAUAUUUUAGGCACCGUGUCUCCAGGUGGCACUUCUAGAAAACUCAUUCCAGUUAGACUCAAGGAGGAACUAGAGAAAACUCCUGAAACAUCAAACCAACCAAUGAAAACCAAGUUCACUACUAAAUCCAUGGGCCUGCCUAGAGCCAAAAAGAAAUGAUGAGAUCACCUCCCACACGGAACAGUGCAAGAACAAGACUGCUCUUUCUAGUGCUAAAA